AUGAACCACUGCACUCCUGGGGGAGUGGCAGCGUUGGCGAGACCGUUUUGGCCAGACCGGGGCCAAGGCUCGGCACAACCUCGUGGAAGCCCACCGGCCCUCUGGACGUUGGCAUGUGCGGCCGGGGUGGUGGCAGUAGCGUCGGCCAGGUCGGCGGUGUCGCGACUGGUGCUGGCCAGCGACGACGGGGAGCAGGACGGAGGGGGAGCUGCCGUCAACAAGGUUGGAGCGGCCAUGAUCUCCUUCAUCAAGGCGUACAAGAAGGAGCUGUCGCCUUUGAUCCCUCCGGCGUGCCGCUUCUUGCCGACAUGUUCGGUGUACGGCGUGCAGGCAAUCGAGAAGUUCGGCCCGACGAAGGGGGCGGUGCUGACGGCGUGGCGGUUGAUGCGGUGCAACCCUUUCGCCGGGUACGGGGUCGAUUACCCUCAGUGGCCUCCCCCGGGCUGGUUUGCGGGAGAAAGGUGGUGAAUGCAUCAUGUACUACUGCUGCUGUCGCAAGCGCAACUUUCCGCACGCAGAAUUCAACAGUAUACUUGUACAAAGAAGAGUUAGGGUCACUUGCGGUGGUCGACGACGGGGCGAGGCGUAAAUACUGUCCUACAGCAGUAAUAGCUGUUAGACAAUAGGCUGCGUUUUGGCGACAAUGGGGUCGCCGGUAGUCUGUAUAAUGCGGCACCGAGAGGUGAUGUUCAGGCCCCAACCGUAUAGGCUUUGUUCCACUGCCGUGUGUGUGUUGCUUGCGUAACGGUUGUGAAAAUGUGGUCGCACUUGGGGCGCUUAUGUACGUGUGUGCACCAUUGUUUUGCGUCGUUCUACAAGUACAAAACCCUCACUCGAACCUUCGUCAUUCGUGAAUAACUGGCUGUUGUGUGUUUUGCCUUGCAGCUGUCGGGCAAGAGCACCAUUCAGUGGCAGUCAGGCCUUGCUCGUCUUGUAAUCCUUGUUGCGAUGCCGUUCGUGAACGGCGUUGGAAUCCGAUACAUGUGCUGUGGCGUACGCUGACAAGAUCGCAGCGCAUGAACCUAAUCGAUUCGUUCGUUGUG